AUGGCUGACGUUUCUGUUGAUUCCAUGGUGGUGUUUGUCGAAUCCGGUAUCAAGGAUUAUGAUGGUUUUGGCGACGUACACGGUGGUCGAGGCUUUGGUGUCCGCAACAAGGAGGGAGAGAGAGUAUUAGAAUUUGCUCUAGCCAACGAUCUGGUUGUAGGUAACACCUGGUUUGUAAAAAGGGAGAGCCAUCUUGUCACCCACUGCUCGAGAAAUCUUAAAACGCAGAUUGACUAUAUCCUCUACCCAAAGAGGUAUCGCAGAGCAAUCACCGAUGUGAAGGUAAUUCCAAUUGAGGAUUGUGUCCAACAACAUAAUCUUCUUGUUUGUGAUAUCACUAUUUUCAUCCCCAAAGUCAACAAACGUAAAUCCACCCCUCGCAUUCGCACAUUGAAGCUGAGGGAUAAGGCUGUGGCAGACAAGUUCCGUGAUGCCUUCACUGAAAAAGUCGUUACUGGCGAUGUCGACCUUGCCAAUACUGUUGAAGAGCUGGCCAAGCAAAUGGACAGGACAAACCAAGAUGUUGUUGGUGAGAAAUGUGUUCGAAAUGAUGCGGGUGAACUGUCCCUCAGUGAUGAUGAGAAAAUGAAAGCCUGGGUGGAACACUAUUCAAAGCUACUAAACGUUGAGUUUGAGUGGCCUAGUGAGCUACUUCCUGAAGUUGCUCCUGUGGAAGGGCAUCCUCCACUAGUCACAGUAGAACAAAUUCGCAAAGCCCUCUGCAAGGUGAAAUGCGGCAAAGCCGCUGGACCGUCAGGUGUGAUUGCCGAGAUGUUGAAAGCAGCUGGUGAAGAGGGAACAGAAAUGCUGACUGAGGUCGUUUUCAGCAAUGGUGUGAUCCCCAAGGACUGGGUGGAGAGCCACAUCCUUAACCUUUACAAAGGUAAAUGA